AUGGCAGCCCGCGCCCCCUAUGUUGUUCCUGCGCUGAAGAAGCACACUGCGACGGUGAUCAUGGCCCACGGCCUGGGCGACUCUGGUCAAGGAUGGAUGGCCCUUGCUCAGAACUGGCGUCGCCGCAACAAGUUCGACGAGGUGGCUUUCAUUUUCCCUAAUGCUCCCAACAUUCCCAUCACAGUGAACUUUGGUAUGGCUAUGCCGGGAUGGUAUGAUCUCGUCAAGCUGGGCGGUGAUCUCGAUAUUCAAGAAUCAGUCCGCACUCAAGAUGAACCCGGUAUCCUCCGUUCGCGCGAAUACUUCAACACCCUUAUCAAGGAAGAGAUGGACAAGGGCAUCAAGCCCUCCCGCAUCGUGCUGGGCGGAUUCUCGCAGGGUGGUGCUAUGUCCAUCUUCAGCGGUAUUACAGGCAAGGAGAAGCUGGGCGGUGUCUUUGGACUGUCUUGUUACCUGCUGCUUAGCGACCGCAUCAAGAACUAUAUUCCCGAGGGGUUCCCGAACAAGGAGACUCCGUUCUUCUUGGCGCACGGCAAGGACGAUGGCGUUGUGAAGUUUGAGUUCGGCGAGAAGUCUUAUGAUAUGGUCAAGGAAUUGGGUGUGCAGGAUGUUGCGUUCCACUCUUAUGCUGGUCUUGGACACUCGGCGGAUCCCGAUGAGAUUAACGACCUCGAAAAGUUCUUGGAGAAGGUCCUCCCCACUGAGGAGUCCGCCGGCUUAUGA